GGAGCGAGGAAAGGCUUGCCCUUUUUCCUGGCAUAAAAUGCCCAUCCCCUCCUCUUUCUGCUGAUCCAGCUCUGUUCCUCCGCCUAGAGCUUCUUUAAGCAUGCCCCGCCCCCCUGUGGGAUCCUCUUGGGACCAACGUUAAUUCAUUCAUCACACAUCAUUUCUGAGACUCCUGUGUGCCAGGUGCUAGGGUGACAGGAACACGGCUGUCUGGUUAGGGAUGAUGGGCAGAGCCUAGAGCCAGAUGCCCGAGAGCGGGUAUCUGAGUACUGACUGAGGGUGGGGCACAGGUUGGGUGCAGACCUGAGGAACCUAGAGGCCCUGCAGGUGUGUGAUGGCUGAGUUCAUGGAACGUGGCAAGUGAGUAAGGCUGAGAUUGGGUGUCAGAUGCAGGAGCAGACACUGGAGGAAAUCCGGAGGCGGGGCAAGCUGUAGCGUGUCCAGCCAGAUACCCUCAAAGUCCUUUUAUGCCAGUCUGUAUUUGUUUUUAUGUUGGAAAGCAAAGAGCUAUAGAGAUUUGGGUUUUUUUGAUUGCCAUUCAGUGGCCUUGUUGUUCUUCUGUGAAGAACACUUGUCUUCCAGUGAAAUGGAAACGAGGCCUGCGUUUUGCAUGGAACCCUUGGGGGGUGGGGGCACUGAGCUGUUAAGAUUAAGGUGCUGGCGUGCUGGGGAGCCUCAUAAACCUGGUGAGGAGGGCAAGUGACCAUGUCCAAGGAUCUCAGAGGCCUUAUGGUGGUGGUGGGGGACUGCGUGCGACCCCAUGUGCCAUUCAUUUUCCCUGGGUCCCAUAGUUUUGAGUAGUGGCCCCUACUCUCUGAUGUCGCUCUGUAUGUGUUCACUGGGGAGGUGGAGGGGCCCCUGAGCCCCACCCUACAAUUAUGGAGGCUGUGCCAUGAGUGCCCAACCUCUGUUCUGCCUGAGAAAGGUCUGUGAGGUGUGUGUGGUUUUCUUCAUUGUGGUUUGAAGAGAAGGCAAGAUGGGUGGAGGCCAGGUGGAAGGUCCAGACAUCGUUAAGUAUACGCUAAAAUUUACUAUUCAGACUUCAGUGAGUUGGGUGGAGGUUCAUCUGAAAGCACUGAUGUUUUUAAAUACAUAAUGUUAUUUUUCUGUAGGAAACUCAGGAUGUGGCUGCCUCUUUUGACUUUCUCCAUCUCUUGUCUGGGGAUCUUCUAGGCUGUCUGCUUUAUUCCCUGCUUCCCAGUGCAUAUUCCACUGAGCAAGGCCGAUUCUCAGUCUGUGUUGGUCUAGCACUGAUCGUCAGCCCUAGCCACCAGCAGGAUGAAUUUCCUGGAUCAGCUUUGAAGACUUUUCCUGUGCAUGUCUGUCUUUGUCCUUCUAGCUCAUUUUGUAAAGGUCUCAAGGGCAAGGACGGUGACUUUGGCUCUGAAGCCUCAAGAUAGCGGCCUUCUCAGCUCGUCCAUUUCAGGUCCUUUCCAGGAGGACCUGGACACUGAAGGUACCACAGAGCGUUAAUUACAUCUCUCUCCUGCAUGCGGCCCUGUUGGUCUCCUGGGAUGCUUGGAACGCCAGUGCCACGUUGAAAUGCCACUGAUUUUCUCCUGGACUCCCUGCCUUGUUUGUCCAGUCACCCAGUUAGGGGAAUCACAAAAUGAUGCUUUUGGGAAUGGGGUCAUUCCUUCUCUCCCUUUGUUUAAGGAUCAUCCACACUGACACUUCUCACAUGUCCCAGGGCUUCUCCCAAGGGCUGGUCUCUGUGGGCUUUUUCACUUUUCCCAUCACCACCCCCAAAAAACUACUGCAGGAGACCAGAACAUUGAAGCCAGUGAUUUCUGUUUGGAAAUAGGGUCGUCUUCUGCUGCUGACCCCCAUCAAAUCCCAUCAUGCCCACAGCCCUGUGCCCCCGAGUCUUGGCUCCGAAGGAAAGUGAGGAGCCCAGGAAAAUGAGGAGCCCACCGGGAGAGAACCCUAGCCCCCAGGGUGAGCUUCCCAGCCCCGAGUCCUCCCGCCGCCUCUUCCGACGUUUCUGCUACCAGGAGGCGGCGGGCCCCAGGGAGGCCCUGCACCGCCUCUGGGACCUGUGCCGGGGCUGGCUGCGGCCUGAAAGGCACACCAAGGAGCAAAUUCUGGAGCUGCUGGUGCUGGAGCAGUUUCUGGCCAUCCUGCCCCGGGAGAUCCAGGGCUGGGUGCGGGCCCAGGAACCUGAGAGUGGCGAUCAGGCUGUGGCUGCUGUGGAGGCACUGGAACGAGAGCCGGGGAGACCCUGGCAAUGGCUCAAGCACUGUGAAGACCCCGUGGUGAUUGACGAUGGGGACAGCCCUCCAGACCAGGAGCAGGAGCGGCUGCCAGCAGAACCCCAGAGUGACCUUGCAAAGAGCCAGGACGCCCAGCCCAUGGCCCUGGCUCAGGGCCCCGGGCUUCCAAGCAGACUCUCGGGCCAGCUCAGCGGGGACCCAGUCCUGCAAGACUCUCCCCUUCUUCAGGAAGCGAGUUUGAGGGACGCACAGCAGGUGACUGCCCUCCAGCUGCCCCCGAACCGGGUUUCUUCUUUCAAGGAUAUGAUCUUCUGCUUCUCAGAAGAGGACUGGUCCCUUCUAGACCCUGCCCAGACUGGCUUCUACGGAGAGUUCAUCAUUGGGGAGGACUGCGGCGUCUCACUGCCUCCAGAUGACCCAGCUGCCCAGCUGGAUCUCUCCCAAGGAGAGGAGAAUGAGCCACGUGUUCCAGAGUUGCAGGACCUCCAGGGGAAGGAUGUGUCCCAGGUCUCCUACGCAGACUUUCCAAGUCUCCAGCCAUUCCAGACAGAAGAAAGAAGGAAACGGGAUGAGCCGCAGGUGCCGGAGUUCCAAAUCUGCCAGCAGACGGUGCUCCCGCCAAGCACCUGCCCAGCCGGAGGUGAUGCACCAUUUCCCGACAACAGCCUGGAUGAGGAGGUGACCAUCGAGAUUGUUCUUUCCAGCUCUGGGGACGAGGACUCCCAGCUCGGCCCCUACUGCACAGACGAGCUGCAGAGCCCCACGGAGAAGCAGCACAGCCUCCCUACCUCCCACCGGAGCGGCCCUGAGUCAGGGGGUGAGGUGCAGACCUCCUCCAAAAAGUCCUAUGUGUGCCCGAACUGUGGCAAAAUCUUCCGCUGGAGGGUCAACUUCAUCCGGCACCUGCGGAGUCGCAGGGAGCAGAAGCCACACGAGUGCUCGGUGUGCGGGGAGCUGUUCAGUGACAGCGAGGACCUAGAUGGGCACCUGGAGACCCACGAGGUCCAGAAACCUUUUAGGUGCGGUGCCUGUGGGAAGAGCUUCCGCCUCAACUCCCACCUGCUCUCCCACAGGCGGAUACACUUGCAGCCAGACAGACUCGAGCUACUGAAGAAGAGAGAGCAGGAGGCAUCGGGGACCGUGGGCGGGGAUUCCGACGCCCUGCUGGCAAAGGGCAAGGCCAAGCUGCGCUUCCAGUGCUGUGACUGCGGGAAGGUGUUCCAGCGUCCCGACCAACUGGCCCGGCACCGCAGUAGCACUCAUGUGGACAAGUCCCGGCCCUUUCAGUGCCGGUACUGCGUCAAAAGCUUUUCCCAGAACUCUGACCUUCUCCGCCACCAGCGCCUGCACAUGAAGCGCCGGUCCAAGCAGGCGCUGAACUCCUACUGAGUCAAGGGCGCACACCUUGUUGGGUGCAGCUCCAGCCUGGGUAGAGCACAUCCCGCUCAUGCUCGGUUCCAGACUCCUCCCCAGGACAGAGACCACAUCCUCCUGACCUUUACUCUCAGGUAGAAAUGAGAUCGUGGCCAGUUGAGCAUCUGUUCUGUCUCUGCUGUGCCAGAAGCUGGGAGGGCGUGUCACCACCAGCUUUGACUUGCCCAGUGUUAUCGGGUCUAGGAGAACCCUGUCCAGUGCUUCCCAAGCGGUGGAGGGACUGGGGCGCCCCCUACUGCAGUGACCCCUUGUGGGGGGGGGGGGCGGUCUGUCCCUUACCAGCUGACUUUCAGUAUACUCCCAUUCUGUGCUGUCUGAAUUCCCACCCCACCCUGAGGUCUGGAGGUAACUGUACUUUCUGCCUGACAGCAAGAAGCUGCAGAUGAGGUGAUGGGUUAGGAGGAAGGCAGGAAGGCGGGGUGGGACCCGUGGGCACAAGGGCAGUAGGGCCAAGCACACCAGACCAUGUCAUGUCAUCAGAAGUCUGAGUCCUGGUCACCAUCUGGUCCGCAAGAGCACCUCACAAUUAUGAGAUGGCCCUUUCAGGCUCAGAAACCUUGGUGGGGGGCUUUAUAGCUUCUUGCCAAAUGGAAACCUUUUAUUUGUGAUGGUGGCUGGUUAUUAGGGAUUGUGAGCUCAUUUAAGGCAAAGCCCACAUUUUAAAUUGUAUGUUGGCACACACUCCCCAAAGUGUCCUUUCUUUGUACCCUGAAGGUCCUUGGUGUAUGCUUGCGGGUUAGAAGUGAAGUCAUCAUCGUUUGAAAGGCACUUAAGUUUCCUUUCCCAUUGGGUCGUGUCUAGGAAAGGGGAGCUCAGCUCCAGUGAAUGAGAGGUUCUUUGGCUGGGUGAACUGAGCAGGGGAAACAACAGAACCCUUGGUGAAGUCAUUCUCUACGUUAUAUAUUAACUUAGUGUGCCCGUUGUAUGAGUUCCUUAGGGCUGCUGUAACAAAGUACCAAAAACUGGAUGGCUUAGAACAACAGAAAUUCAUCGUCUCAGUUCUGGAGGCCAGAAGUCCAAGAUCAGGGUGUCAGCAGGGUUGGUUUCUUGUAAAGGAAGGAUCGGCUCCAUGCCUCUCCUUUAGCUUCAGUGGUUACUGACUAUUGUUGAUAUCCUUUGUCCUGUUGAAGCAUCACCCCAUCUCUACCUUCAUCUUUACAUGGUGCUCCUGUGUAUGUGUCUGUCUCCAAAUUUUCCCUUUUUAUAAAGACACUAGUCAUUGGAUUAGGGCCUACCCUACUGUUUCCACUAUGUUCCCAUCUUAACUAAUUGUAUCUGCAAUAACCCUAUUUCCAAAUAAGGUCACAUUCUGAGGUACUGGGGUUAGGACUUCAACAUGAAUUUGGGGGGGAUGGGGAGACACAGUUUAACCCAUAAAACUAGAUAAUCCUGAGGUUCUGCUGUCAUUGCUUAUUCACAGGUGAGUCAAUACAAACUUGGGUUAGCUUACUCUCAGUUCUAUUGGAAGCAGGAUCCAGACCCAAGCUUCUGCUCCCAGGGUGGAUGCCCUCUGCAUAUAGCCUUUAAAUUUCAUUGCCUGGGGUCCUGGGCUGGGAGUGACCACUGGUAGUGAAACCGCAAGCCAUGAAAACCAUGGUCUUGUUCCUGGCAGACUGGCCAGGUUGGCGCAGCUCAAUGAUGAGAAAGCACAGAGGCUAUGGAGUAUCAGUGACUAAAUCAGAAAGCCAGCCACCAGGCAUGCGUUAUGUAUUUGUAUGUCAGGUCCCAUUAGCAGGCAGUAAGGCUGGGCAAAUGAAUGCAAGGCCCUUUGUUCCUUGUCAGCCACUUCAUUGUCACGUUGAGAGACACUGCUGCCACAAACUCAGUGAAAGAGUUACAAGGUUUUAUAGUUACGAUUACUGUGUGUAGAUUCAUCUACAUACCCAGGAACAGUAAAUGCAAUAAAAUAAUUUGGUCAUAACCCUGAACAAGAAAUAAACUAUUGAGGCUCUUUGUUUUCUACAUAGUUUGCCUCUUGGAUUGAUCUGCCAGGAAAAGGGAAAAAUAUGAAUCUCGAAGGCCAAGGGAGGGGAAAAUUCCAAAUAGAACCCAGAUUCCGUGUACAUUUACCCCACCCACCUGUGCACUCUUGCCCAAGGAUUCCAUUAAGAGGGGAGGUUAUGAUCCCAAGAGGAACACUACUCUACUUAGUGUAUUUUAUCUGAAAAUCUUAAGUAAGAAAGAAAGGGAACGUGACAGAAUCGAAACCUUUGGGGACGCUGUGCAUCGUUCAGUACCCACCAGAUAUUGUGAAGGAGUCCCCCAUUCACUUACGCAAACCUGACCAAGGUACUUAGCUAAUCAGAAGGUUACCUUCCCCCUGGAUUCGGAAACCCUACUGGGUGAUGCAACUCAAAUCCCAGGUUCUUCCCAUGCAGAAGAAUCAAUGCGGUUACCUGCUCUGGAGAAAGCUCCUCCAGAAGAUAGGAGAGCUGACCGACUUAUUCCCUUCCCACCCUCCCUGGGUAGCUGGGCAGACAGGGGAGCUAUGCUUCUACCUUGCCGUGGAUGUUCAGAGACCCCACAUCUGAAGAGCAUCUGUCCUCCCUGUUCAUCUGAUCCCUUGGCAUUGUUGCCAUAAAUUCACAGGUGCAUAAUAAAAUUCGACUCACCGAUUUCA